AUGGAACGCCGUCGAUUCCUCAUCCUGGACUAUCCGAUACCAGGUGAAGAAGUCGAUAAGCUCCUCGGGCGACUUACUAUCGACUUCAAGCAUCCCAUGGAUGCUUCAGAGCCUGCUGAUCCGUCAUCAAUCGCCAAAGACUUCCUUCAACCGCCGAUUCGAGAGAAAGCAGCAAGGAUACUCGCAUCCGCAUCUCAGGACAGGAACUUGCGCAUAGCACUGGAACCAUUCCUAGGAGUCUCGAAUGGCUCGAACUUCAGCACUGAAAUAUCUCUCGAGAGCUCGCUGAUUGAAACGCACCGCUUGCGAGACCACAACAAGGUCUUCGCCAGGAUCAUGGACAAGUACUCAAAAGACAUCAGCGAGAUGAUGAGCUACGAGAACGCCCGGUUCGGAGUCGCUCCGGACAAGCUGUACAUGGUUAUCGGCUACAAAUGCGUGGUCGAUCCAACGAAAUCUGUCAGGGUCAGCCACGGAAGGACAGCAUCUGCUAGCGCGAAGGUUCCGAUAGGAGCGGCAGCGAAUGCGAUCGCACCAGGAAGCCUUCCUCUAGGCUCUUCAUUAGAAACGACUUCCGAGCAACGCAGGACUGGCAACCUGAAUGCUGAUAGUCAAGUUGAGGGCAAGGUGGUAUUCGCGGUCGAGUACAAGAUGUACAAGAAGAGUAGGGUAUUGUCUCUGUUCCGAAGGAAGAAGCUACCCUGGGGGUACAUGUCUGAUAGGGUAUUAAGCUUCGCUCCGGGUCAGGCCAUGGGAGAGGAUGAUGAUGAGGAGGAGAGCGUCGGCAGCGAAGAGCAUAGCGAAGACAGUGAAGAAGAGGAUGCCAUGGACAAGGAGCUGGCUGAGGGCGGGUACAUUUGCAGGUUAGGGCUGGAUGAGUUCUACGUGCCGCAUCGAGAAUAA